GUAAAAGUUUCGUUCAUGAAUCGUCGACGAGAUCAAGUGCUACAAUGGAUAUCGAUGACCUCCUCGCCGAAGUCACGGCCGAUGCCAUCCCGAAGGAAACACGCGACUUGCAGGAAUUGACGCGCGCGUGGGUCGCGGAACGUGUUGCGCCAGAACUCCUGCUCUACCCGGAUGCGCUGAUGGAGAGAGUGUUAGAGAGGAUACGGAAGCAGAUCGAGCUCGUGGAAGAGCAGACAGGCAACAUGGACCCGAAAUCGGGUUUCAAACUCAUCAUUAUACAGACGGAAUUAGAGCGCUUCAAGUUUCUCGUUCGUAGCUUCCUGCGAGCGCGGAUAAAAAAGAUAGACUCCCACCCCCUCCACGUACUACAAACUCAUACUUCGAACCCGACCCUCCUCUCCCCAAGCGAACUCCAAUACCUGACACAACACCAAGCCCUACUAUCCCAACACUACGCGUCCUCUUUCCUGUCGCAGUUCCCGGCCGCGCUGCAAAGGCUAGAUGAUACGGCGGGUGGGGUAAGCAUGAUUGAAAAACCCGACGAGGAUACGGCUGUUUUCUGUCGGGCGUUGAGAGAUGUGGGGGAGGUGGUAGUUGAGGGGACCGAUAAAAGAUUUGAGAUACAGAGGGGGGAUGUUAGUGUUAUAAGGUGGAGUGCCGUGAGAAGGGCGGUUUUGAGUGGAGAUAUUGAGCUGAUAUGAGGAGUGUUCUAUGAGAGCGUAUGUAAAGGGGUGUGCAUGCUUGGUUUGGAGAAGAGCAGCCCGCCCAUAUAACUGUUUUGGAAGAGGAAGUCUGCAAAAGACGGCAUAGCAUUCGCAUAUGAGCACUAGAAGGCGUUCUCUGUUGGUAAUUUGGAGAAGGCAUCGCAGUUACGAUCUCC